GUGGGAUGAACGAAUAGAAUACCAUGGCCAUGAACAAGGAGAAGAACACCAUCACAACUUCUCUCUCCCUGCUCCGCCAAUGCUUCCUUCUACUCACAAUCUUCUUGGCGGUCAAUGGGAGAACCAACGCAGCCUUACCUGGUCAGACCGAACAAGAUCAUAACGGAAGGGUACAUGACAUGGAUGGAGUGGGGGAUGAGUGGGGCGUGGUGGAGAGGAAAGGGAACCAAUUUGUGGUCGGAGGCCAACCUUUCUACUUCAAUGGCUUCAACACCUACUGGUUGUUGAUGCUCGCCGUCGACAAGUCGACGAGAGGGAAGGUGAGUGACGUGUUCCGGCAGGCUUCAUCGAUUGGUCUCACGGUCUGCAGGACCUGGGCAUUCAACGAUGGAGGAUGGAGAGCCCUGCAAAAGUCUCCUUCGGUUUACGAUGAGGAUGUCUUCCAGGCAUUCGAUUUUGUGCUGAGUGAAGCCAAGAAAUAUAAGAUCAGGCUUGUCCUUCCCUUAGUCAACAACUGGGAAUCGUACGGAGGAAAAGCUCAAUACGUGAGAUGGGGAAACGCCUCUGGGUUGAAUCUGACUUCAGAUGAUGACUUCUUCUCUGACCCAACGGUCAAAGGCUACUACAAAGCUCAUGUCAAGGUGCUUCUCAACAGAGCGAACACCUUCACCAACAUCACGUACAAAGACGACCCGACCAUCUUCGCAUGGGAGUUGAUGAACGAGCCUCGAUGCCCCUCCGACCCAUCUGGAGAUAAGCUGCAGGAGUGGAUUCAAGAGAUGGCGUUUCACGUGAAGUCGAUCGAUUCGGUGCACCUAUUGGGAACAGGAACAGAAGGCUUCUACGGUCCCCCCUCUCAUGAGAGAUUGCAGCUUAACCCUAACGCUGUUGCAGGCCAAGUAGGAACUGACUUCAUCAGGAACCACAAGGCUCUGGGCAUCGACUACGCCUCGGCCCAUCUCUACCCGGAUGCCUGGUUGCCGAAAUCGGGGUCGAACGACUACGCCCAGUUCGCGACGACUUGGAUCCAAGGCCACACCGACGACGCGGACGCCGCGCUUCGGAUGCCGGUGGUGUUCGGGGAGUUCGGCGUGUCGUCGUCGAAGGCCGGCAGGUCGAACUCGACGCAGAGGAACACGUUCAUCGCCGCCGUGUACGCGGCGAUGCUGAACUCGACGAAGAGGGGAGGGAGCGGCGGAGGGUGCCUGCUGUGGCAGGUGUUCCCGGAGGGGACGGAGUACAUGGACGACGGCUACGCCGUGGUGCUGACCAAGGCGCCCAACACAUCCAACAUCCUCGCGCUGCAGUCCAAGAGAAUGCAGAUCUUUAACUCCAGGUGUUCUUGGAGGUGCCACUGGAACUGCAAGAAGAAGAACCGUACAGAUCAUGACGCUCGCCUUCCCCGUGACGAACUCUGAUGAGACCUCACAUCUCGUAUUGGCUCUACUGCAAAGGAGUCCGAUGGGAAGGAAGCAUAGCGUGUGACAUAUGAUGGGGUUGACAAGGAAAAAUCAAGUAAAAUAAUACUAGUUAUGAUUGCCAUCAA